CCUCUCGACGUCUGUUUGGGUCUCCGGUUCUGCUCCUGCGUGGACUCGGCGGCUCCGACUCUGCGUGCGUGGGUGGGUGGGUGUUGCGGAAAGUUCGGAGCAUGGGGCCGUCGUGAGAGACUCGGCAGCGGACCGGACCGGCCAGCUGGAGACUCGGUGCACCGGGAUAAACCCGGAUUACCACCGCCCGCUGCCCGGACCCACGAGCCUCGACUGAGUCCGGGAUGUGACCGAACCGCUGACGCUCGCGAAGCCAAAACUCCAAAGUGACUUGAGAUGCAGAAGAGCGUGCGCUACAACGAGGGCCACGCCCUCUACCUGUCCGCGGUGGCGCGAAAAGAAGGAACCAAGCGAGGAGUGAUGAGCAAGAAGACCGCGGAGAACAGCCGCUGGGCCGAGAAGUUCUUCGCGCUCUACCAGAACCUCCUGUUCUACUUCGAGAACGAGCAGAGCUCCAGGCCGUCCGGGAUCUACCUGCUGGAGGGCUGCACCUGCGAGCGCUCCCCGGCGCCCAAAGUGGCUGCCGUCAGCAGGGAGGCGCCAGAGAGGCCGCAGUUCUACUUCCUGGUGGUCUUCGGUCAUGACAGUCAGAAACCUCUGGAGCUGCGAACUGACGAAGAGUCGGACUGUAAUGAAUGGGUGGAGCUGAUCAUGCAGGCCAGCUACUCCGACAUCAUCAUCGAGCGUGAGAUCCUGAUGCAGAAGUACAUUCACCUGGUCCAGAUCAUGGAGACAGAGAAGAUCGCAGCCAACCAGCUCCGGACUCAGCUGGAGGACCAGGACACCGAGAUUGAGAGGCUGAAGGCAGAGAUUCUCCUCCUGAACAAAACCAAAGAACGACUGUGGCCACUGCAGAACAACCAGGACGAAGAAGACCCUGACAUUAAGAAGAUCAAGAAGGUCCAGAGCUUCAUGCGUGGCUGGCUCUGUAGGAGGAAGUGGAAGAUCAUCGUACAGGACUACAUCUGCUCGCCGCACGCUGAGAGCAUGAGGAAGAGGAACCAGAUCGUCUUCAACAUGGUGGAGGCUGAGACAGAGUACGUCCACCAGCUGUCCAUCCUGGUCAAUUGCUUCCUGCGGCCACUCAGAAUGGCCGCCAGCUCUAAGAAGCCGCCCAUCAGUCACGACGACGUCAGCAGCAUCUUCCUCAACAGCGAGACCAUCAUGUUCUUGCACGAGAUCUUCCACCAAGGACUGAAGGCUCGCAUUGCUAACUGGCCCACGCUGGUUCUGGCCGACCUGUUCGACAUCCUGCUGCCGAUGCUCAACAUCUACCAGGAGUUUGUGAGGAACCAUCAGUAUAGUCUGCAGGUGCUGGCCAACUGCAAACAGAACCGAGACUUUGAUAAGCUGCUCAAACAGUACGAGUCCAAUGCCGCCUGUGAGGGUCGGAUGCUGGAGACCUUCCUCACGUACCCCAUGUUCCAGAUUCCUCGCUACAUUAUCACACUGCAUGAGCUGCUAGCUCACACGCCACAUGAGCAUGUGGAGCGCAAGAGUCUGGAGUUUGCCAAGUCCAAACUGGAAGAGCUGUCCAAGAUGAUGCACGAUGAGGUCAGCGACACUGAGAACAUCAGGAAAAACUUAGCCAUUGAGAGGAUGAUCGUGGAGGGGUGCGACAUCCUGCUGGACACCAGCCAGACCUUCGUCAGACAAGGUUCUCUGAUCCAGCUGCCAUCCAGCAGCGAGCGGGGCAUGCUCAGCAAGGUGCGACUGGGUGCGCUGUCGCUCCGGAAGGAAGGGGAGCGCCAGUGCUUCCUGUUCACCAAACAUUUCCUGAUCUGCACGCGGACGUCCGGUGGGAAACUUCACCUGCUGAAGCAAGGAGGCACGCUGAGUCUGAUAGAGUGCACGCUGAUCGAAGAACUGGACGCCAGCGACGAAGACUACAAUGCCGCAGGACAAGGGUUGAACCACCUGGAGUUUAAAAUUGUGGUGGAGCCUCCGGACGGUCAGUCCUUUUGCGUGGUACUGCUGGCCCCGUCACGCCAGGAGAAGGCCGCCUGGACCAGCGACAUCAGUCAGUGCAUCGAUAACAUCAGGUGCAACGGUCUGAUGACCAGUGUGUUUGAAGAGAAUUCUACAGUUUCUGUGCCGCACAUGAUCAAGUCAGAUGCUCGUCUGCAUAGAGACGACGUGGAUAUCUGCUUCAGCAAGACGCUGAACUCCUGCAAGGUGCCACAGAUCCGGUAUGCCAGCGUGGAGCGCCUGCUGGAGCGCCUGACGGACCUGCGCUUCCUGUCCAUCGACUUCCUCAACACCUUCCUGCACACCUACAGAAUCUUCACCACCGCUGCCGUUGUCAUCGACAAGCUGGCUGACAUCUACAAGAAGCCUUUUACCUCCAUCCCUGUCAGGAUUGAGCAGCUGUCAUGUGACCGUCUGUCCAUCAUGUCUCUGUGUCCUGACUACAGUCUGAAGAUCACUCAACUGGCUCUGGAUCAGUCCAAGUCGUUGGAGCUCUUCUUUGCCACCAACCAGAGCUCGUGGGGGACGGACCCCUUGAACAACAAGUCUCCUAGGCUUCUCCGAAAAUUUUCCUCCCCUCCUCCGCUCUCCAUCCCAUCUCGCACCUCCUCCCCAGUGCAUUCCCGCAAACUCUCCCUGAGCUCCCCAAUCAGCUCCAAAGUGGGAGUCUUGGAUCUGUCUGCCACUCCGUCCUCGUCUGCUGCCAGCUCUCCCACGUCCAGCCACUGCCCCUCCAUUUCUUCUCCGCCUCCAGGUUCCACCAGACCCCCGUCCGGCUUCUCCUCCCCUCCGCCUACUGCCACACGCUCUCCCAGCCUUCCCCAGUCCUCCCCGCCCCCAACUAUGACCAAGGCCCCCCUGGACCUCAGUCGCGGUCCCAGUUCCCCUGAGCUCUGUCCUCCUGCUGGGGAUGAUAUCAGUGGUGACCUUCCUCGCAUCGACGCCUUCUGCGGGAAGCUGAGGCGCAGCAUCCGCCGGGCUGUUCUGGAGUCAGUUUCCCUGGACAAGUUUAUUCCUGAGACUCCCCCCACCAGUGAAUCAGGUGACCUGUCUCCCUGUCGCUCACCAUCUACUCCCAGACACCUGCGCUACCGACAGUCAGGAGUCACGCCUGGGGAGAACUCUCGCUGCACCAUGUCACCGGCGUCUGCGUUUGCGAUCGCCACGGCGGCUGCGGGACACGGCAGCUCACAGACAUUCAGUAACUCGGACAAGACCUGCGAUAAAGAGUUCAUCAUCCGCAGGGCAGCGACCAACCGAGUCCUCAACGUGCUGCGACACUGGGUCUCCAAACACUCGCAGGACUUCGAGAUGAACACAGAGCUGAAGCUGGGCGUCAUCUGUCUUCUGGAGGAGGUUUUGAAGGACCCAGAUCUUCUGCCUCAAGAAAGGAAGGCCACAAGCAACAUUCUGAAUGCUCUUUCCCAGGAGGAUCAAGACGACACACAGCUGAGAAUAGAAGACAUUUUGCAGUUGAAAAACUGUCCACUGCUUCACUUCAUCGUGGCUGAUAGCCCGAAAGCUGAGUGUUUCGAGUCUCUGUCAGCGAUGGAGCUGGCCGAGCAGAUCACUCUCCUGGACCACAUCGUCUUCCGCAGCAUCCCAUACGAAGAGUUCCUAGGCCAGGGCUGGAUGAAGGUGGACAAGACCGAGCGGACCCCGUUCAUCAUGAAGACGAGCCAACACUUCAACAACAUGAGCAACCUGGUUGCGUCGCAGAUCAUGGCUCACAUGGAAGUGGGCUCGCGGGCCGGGUCCAUCGAGAAGUGGCUGGCGGUGGCCGACAUCUGCCGCUGCCUCAACAACUACAAUGGCGUGCUGGAGAUCACGUCAGCGCUCAACCGCAGCGCCGUCUACAGGCUGAAGAAGACCUGGGCCAAAGUGUGCAAGCAGACCAAGGCGCUGAUGGACCGGCUGCAGAAGACCGUCUCCUCUGAGGGAAGGUUCAAGAACCUGAGGGAGACCCUGAAGAACUGCAACCCUCCGUGCGUCCCGUACCUGGGCAUGUACCUGACUGACCUGGCCUUCAUUGAAGAGGGCACGCCCAACUUCACAGAGGAAGGUCUAGUCAACUUCUCCAAGAUGAGGAUGAUCUCUCACAUCAUCAGGGAGAUCCGGCAGUUCCAGCAAGCUCCGUACCGGAUUGAGCACCAGCCCAAGGUGACCCAGUUCCUGCUGGACAAAAGUCUGGUGAUGGAUGAAGACACUUUGUACGAGCUGUCCCUGAAGCUGGAGCCCCGAGUCCCGCCCGGUUGACAAGCUCGGGUCUUUGGUGCCUUCCCCCCAAGGUCCAAUCCAGAGCCAACCCACUGGCCACUGCCACUCUUCCACCCAGAUUUAUUUAAGCAUUCGUUUUUCCUGUGAGGAUUUGUGGCACCUCCUGGAGGUGGAACUGCAGCCACUCUUGAGGAGUCACCCUCUAGUGGUCCCCCGCUGCUGCAUUCUCCUUCUGGACCGGGAACCUCACACCAACCUUUGUCCACCACUCAGAGCUUCUCUCUGGUCUGUCAACGUGCAAUGGUGGAAGUGACCUCAAACGACCUUGCCAAAACUGUUGCCGGCGCCACCAACUGAAGACACGUUCCUCAGUGGUCUGCCAGGUCGGACCUGGCACUCAGCGAUGACAUCUCAUGCAGCGCCGACGCUUGUCUUCUUGUUUACACUUUCCCUUGAAACUGUUUGGGAGGCGAGUUGAGUGUGGUGACUCGUCGACUCGCCAGUGGACUCUGGGUGUUUUAGAACAGUAGAAUGUGCACUUGUAAAGUUGCUCAGGCUUUUGUUGUCACAGGCUUCUGCUACCUGUUUGUUGUCUGUGUCUCUUGUUUGUCGGAAACAUCAGAAAUAUUUGUGGAAACGUUUUCUACCGUUCGUGUUGAGUUCCUAAAUUUCACUUCGUUACGUUUCAAAUAAAAGUCCUAAAAGAAGUGAGCCUGCAUGAGUGUUUGUGUUAACACAAAAUGUGGGACAUUUUUUAGAACACAUAACAGAGUGGAACAGAGUAGAUAGGGGACAGUCUACCAACUGGGGACAACGCUGGGUUUCGACGAUUAGAUAAGCCUCAAUUUGAGGAACUUCAAAAUAACUGACUUUCAAUUGGGUUCAGAGUCCUA